AUGGAGGACACGACGAGCACCGGCACCGACUCCAAGUUGAUCUUCACCGACUCGGACACCGCCACCAGCGCCGCCGGUGUAAGCGCUGGCGUCGAUGCCUCCCAGGCUGACCUCCAGGCGCAGCUGGCGCUCUUCCAGCAGCAACAGCAGCAGUACAUCCAGCAGCUCCAACAAACAAACAGUGAGCAGCUACGGGCCAUGUACAAUUCCAGCGCCAUGAUGCAGCCUUACAUGCUGUCCCAGUCGAUGUUCCCGCGGCCAACGACGCCCAACUCGGCUGAAGUUACAGAGGAGGAGCCAGUGUACGUCAACGCCAAGCAGUACCAUCGGAUCAUGAUCCGUCGGCAGCAACGGGCCAAGCUCGAGGCCAAGUUGGGCAACCCUCGUCAGCGCAAAGCGUACCUCCAUGACUCUCGCCACAAGCACGCUAUGCGGCGGCUACGUGGACCCGGGGGCCGCUUUCUCACGAAAGACGAGAUUCAAGGCUUGAAGGAUGGCACAGUAGCGUUUGAAGACCUGCCAAGGAAGGCCGCGCCUAAGCAGCAGUAG